AUGGGGAUUGUUAGAUCAAUUAAAAACGUCGCCAAUGGUUAUUCCCUGGUCCAAAUUCUUGUAAGAAAUGCCACUUCCAAUGAUGCCACUGGUCCUACUACCUAUGAUAUGGAACAAAUUUCUUCCUACACUUAUCAAUCUCAAACGGAAUUCUUAGAGAUUAUGGAUAUGUUAGAUAGGAGAUUAAACGAUAAAGGUAAAAAUUGGAGACAUGUUGCCAAAUCUUUGACUGUAUUAGAUUAUUUGGUCAGAUUUGGUUCUGAAAAGUGUGUCAUGUGGUCUAAAGAUAACAUCUAUAUCAUCAAGACAUUAAGAGAAUUUGUUCAUUUUGACGAAUCUGAUAACGAUCAAGGUGCUAUAAUAAGAGUUAAAGCUAAAGAAUUAGUUAGUUUAUUAAGAGAUGAUGACAGAUUACAUCAUGAAAGACAAUUAGCUAAAAACCAUGAACGUCCAGCUCGUAACGUGACCAAUUCAUCGUCAUCGAGGAGAAGAGAAGAUCCUUAUGAUUCAGAAUUAGAAAAAGCUUUGGAAUUAUCAAGAAUUACUGCUCAACAAGAAAACCAAAAUAGACAAGUUGAUAAUGAUGAUGAUUUGAAUGCUGCUUUGAAAUUAUCCCUAGAAGAAGAACAAAUGAGGAAAUCAAAAUUACAAAAUGAUAAUUUGUUAGACUUAGACGAUCAACCUCAAUAUUACUUCCAACCUCAAUAUUAUGUUCCUCAACAACAGCAACAACAACAGCAACAAUAUGACAUGUUUGGUAAUCCUAUUCAAAAUCCUAUGAUGACAGGUUAUCAACAACAAUAUCAAAUGCAACCUCAAUAUACUCAAUAUGUUCAACCUCAACAACCUCAAUUUACAGGUUUCAAUUAUCAACCAACUUCACAACCUCAACCUGAGUUAACUCCAUUGAAAACAGGAUCAAAUAAUCCAUUUGCCAUGAGUUCACAAUCUCAACCUACCCAACCAACUCAACCUUCAUUAAAUGAUAUGCAAGCUCAAAAUAACUUUUUCACCCAACCUCCACCACAAGCUCAAGAGAAACCUCUUGUGUCUCAAAAUACUUCAUCAUCUAAAUAUGGUGAUCAUUCUCAUCCUGAAUUGAAUAAUUUACUUGCUCAAGGUACUGGAAUUGAUACUUUUGGUAAUACUGGUGAUACUAGAGUUGCUCAUCAUUAUACUAAAUCUCAUUCUAUGUUAACCUCAAAUUAUACCGGUAUUCAAAAUACCGAUAAGUCUUUACAACCAACUUCCACAGGUAACCCAUUUGUUCAACAACCCCAACAACCUCAGCAACAACAACCUGUUUAUACUGGAUAUGGGUUUGGUAAUAAUCAAAAGGAUGGUCCAAGUUUGAUUGAUAUUUAG